AUGAGGUCGUCCAUAUUGACCUUGUUGUUGCUAUUCUUCUUAUCUGCCGAAAUUUGGGCGAAGCCAACGUGGCCGAAACAUAUUAAAUAUAUUAUUAAAGAAAAACCACGGUUGAUAACCAUCCCUCAUCAUGUACCGUGGCCUAAACCCGUGCCGAUACCGAAACCGGUACCCAUAUUGAAGUCUCUACCUGUGGCCAAACCUGUGCCAGUGCCUCAUAUCGUACCGGUGAUUAAACAUAUACACAAGUAUGUUCCGGUUCCUAAAAUUGUACCUAUACCGAAACAUGUACCGGUACCCAAGCCGUAUCCAGUUCCGAAGAUUGUACAUGUCCCCAAGCCAGUAGUGGUGCCAGUACCGAAGCACGUUCCAGUACCCAAGCCUGUACCAGUGCCUGUAUACGUUAAAGUACCCAAGCCAUUCUUGGUACCCGUCCACAAGUAUGUACCAGUACCAGUACCGAAACCGGUUCACGUACACGUCGAAUUAAUCCGAGAGAAACCGAUCGUCAUCAAAAAACCAGUGCCUAUCAUGUAA